AGAGAUUGUGUGACGACAGAGGUUCUCCAAGAGAUUCUCACGCUGCUUGGAGCCAGUUGGCUUGUGUUUACCUUGCCAAUAUUGUCGCUGAACCCGACUCCGCUCGGGGGGUAUAAAUAGCGUGGGAUUAGCUCCAGAACAGCAUCAGUUGUUGAUCACAUCCGGUAAUCAACCAUCGACAUGAAGUUCACCUGGGCAUUCCUCAUCCUGGCCGUACUGGCAUGUGUCCUGGUGGACCAAUCCAGCGGUGCCACCACCUCCACCACCACCACCACAGAAUCCACGACCACAACCACCACCACAGCUGCCUCUGAUACCACCACCACCACUACGGCGUCUUCGGACUCUACCACCACAACCACCGAAUCCUCCUCGUCCACCAAAAAGAAGAAGCACGUGACCCACUACAAGCGCAAGACCCACCGGCCCAAGAGGAUCGUCAAGUCCCGCCGCCACCGCAGGAACAAGAACAAGAGCAAGAAGAACCGUAGCGGUUAAGGAUGCUCCUCCUCCUCCGCAUGAUUAUGACCCUUUCGACGUUCUAGAACCCAACUCUUCCAAAAAUGGCUUUAAAGUACCUUCUACACUAAC